AUGACCAAGCCGUCCAGCAAGGCCCAGGAAAUGGCAGAACUCGUGGGCACCCAAACCUGGUUGGACGGGACCUUGAGCUCCAAAGAGGAGCAGAAGGAGCAGGACAACAGGUCGGGUCCUUUUCCUUUGAUCCCUGGCUUGACCGAAGAGCCCGACAGCAUCGAGGAGGAGGAGGAAGAAGAAGAAGAGGAGGAAGAUGACAGGGAGAAGCCCAAGAGAAGAGGACCAAAGAAGAAGAAGAUGACCAAGGCAAGGUUGGAGAGGUUCAGGGCUCGGAGGGUCAAGGCCAACGCUCGGGAGCGCACGAGGAUGCACGGGCUGAACGAUGCCCUGGACAACCUGAGGAGGGUGAUGCCCUGUUACUCCAAGACUCAGAAGUUGUCCAAGAUCGAGACCUUGAGGUUGGCCAGGAAUUACAUCUGGGCUCUGUCGGAGGUGCUGGAGACCGGGCAGACCCCGGAAGGGAAGAGCUUUGUGGAGAUGCUCUGCAAGGGUUUGUCCCAACCCACCAGCAACCUGGUGGCUGGGUGUUUGCAGCUGGGACCUCAGACCUUGCUCCUGGAGAAGCAUGAAGAGAAGUCCUCGGGGUGUGACUCGGCCAUCUCCAGCCACUCCUUCACCUACCAGUCCCCCGGGCUCCCCAGCCCACCCUAUGGGACCAUGGAGACCCACCUGCUGCACUUGAAGCCUCCGACCUUCAAGACCUUGGUGGACGCUUCCUUUGGGAACCACCCCUCUGGCUGCACCACCCCCCCCUACGAGGGUCCCCUGACCCCACCCCUCAGCAUCAGUGGCAACUUCUCCCUGAAGCCAGAUGGAUCUCCAGACCUGGACAAGUCCUACACCUUCAUGGCUCACUACCCUCCUGGCAGCCUGCCUGGAGCCCAUGGACACCCCACCCACUUCCCAACCUCUGUCCCCCGCUAUGAGAUCCCCAUGGACAUGAGCUACGAGUCCUACCCCCACCCCGUGGCUGGACCCCAACUCAACACCAUCUUCAACGAGUAG